GAUAAGAUCUACACCUAAAUAGAUUGUAUAUAUUUUAUUAUUGAUUUAAAAAGUUCCAAAAGUUUACAAAAAUUCAGCUUUUCAAAGUAUUUUGGAUCCCGUUGAUGGCAUUAAUGGGCAGCAUUACAUGACGGUGUUCUUGAACGUAAGGAUUCGAACCCGGCAAGGCCGGUGGUAAGUCGGAUCGUUUUAUGCAUUUCCUAUCAGUAACCGGUAUGAUGGUAUACAUCCUCAGCGUUUGAUGGAUGACCGCAUCGAAAAAUUUCAAACCGUUCUAUUGUUCGAAAGUCACCCGCGAAAUGGACACGCUGAGGACAUGGUCGAUCUCGUACGAUUUCUCUCAGAAACUCUGUGUUGGAGUUCUGAUUGCAGCCCCCGCUCAUAUGAAAACGCAUAAUGAUUAACAGCAGUGAGAUACAUGAUGCAGCUGUUUUGAAAUGUAGAGGGGGGGGGGAUAAGAACAACUGAUUCCAAUUCCAAGCGGCGUAUAGUACUAAAUAUAUAAAGACAGUUAUCAGACAGACGUUCAGUUCUCGAUCAACUACACACGGAGAGCGUUAUUACGAGACUAAUUGCGGACAUCCUGCCGUCGAGAUGUAUCUAUCCGUCGGCCUCGCGCUGGUGGCAAUAGCCAUCGCCAUUUAUUACUAUAUCAGCAGAAAACCGGAUUUCUUUGAGAAGCAUGGUAUUCCGCACAUUCCAGCAGCGCCUUUCAUUGGCAAUAUGGGCCCCGUGAUGACUCAAAAAUGCACGAUACACGAGCUGCUGCGGAAGCACUACGACAAAGAACCGAACGCGAAGUACGUCGGUUUUUACGAAUUUACCACUCCAAUAAUCCUGUUGCGCGACAUGGAUCUCAUCAAAGCGGUGAUCAUCAAAAAUUUCGAGCAUUUUCAAGAUCAUCGGCCGUUCGUGACCAAAGAAACGGAUCCCCUGAUGGCUAACAUGUUAUUCAGUAUAAAGGGCGACGAGUGGAAACAUCAGAGGAACCUGCUGACCGCCUCGUUCACUUCUAGCAAGCUGAGGGACAUGUUCCAUUUGAUGUCUUCAUACGGGGCAAGAUUCACGGAUACGCUGGUCCAACUGCCGGAAAAGGAUCGCGAAAUAGAGAUGAAGAAUCUCUUGACCAUGUACACGAACGACGUGAUCGCCAGCUGCGUGUAUGGGUACACUAUAGACACCGUGAAGGAACCGAAGAACAUAUUUUACGUCUACGGUAGAAUCGGAACUAAUUUUGCUACCCUUAAGAAGUCAUGGAUAUUCUUGUUGCAAAGAAAUGUACCUAAGCUCGCGGCAUUCUUCAACAUAAAAUUGUUAGAGGCGCACGUCUCCAAGUUCUUCACUAAUGUUGUGAUCGACGAGGUGAAAAACAGAAAGGAGCACGGACAUUCCCGGCCCGACUUCCUCCAGCAGAUGAUGGAGAUACAGCAAAAGAAGGACAACAAUUUUAGUAUAGAAAAUAUGGCAGCGCACGCUUUCGGCUUCUUUUUCGGCGGUCUGGACACCGUAUCCACUCAAAUGUGUUGGGUGACGCAGAUGCUGAUCGAACAUCCCGAAGUUCAGGUGAAACUGCAACAAGAAAUCGACGAGGCAUUGGAGAAGACCGACGGCGAGUUUACUUAUGAAGUAGUACGCGACAUGAAGUAUUUGGACGCAGUGAUCACCGAGACGAUGAGGUUCUACCCGAUCCUACCGAACCUGGACAGAGUUUGCAUGAAAAAGUUUGAGCUUCCACCAGCUUUACCUGGUGGCAAACCUUUCACGCUUGAACCAGGAAUGAUUGUUUGGAUUCCGGUGAUGCCAAUUCAUAUGAAUCCGGAUUAUUAUGAAAACCCGGAGAAUUUCGAGCCGGAAAGAUUUAUGGAUGAUGGAAAGAAGCUCGUGAAUUCGUGUAUGUUUCUGUCGUUCGGAGCCGGACCUAGAAUGUGCAUCGGUUCGCGUUUCGCGAUGAUAAAGAUGAAAGUACUGCUCUGUUAUCUCCUCGCUAAAUUCGACAUAAAGGCUGGGUCGAAGACGCAAGGCUCAUUACGAUUGAAAAAGGGAUUCUUUAAUACAGUACCAGAAAACGGGUACUGGAUGAGACUUGAACCGAGGAAAAAUCCUCAUCCUUCUUUCAAAACGAAAGGAAUAGUUAACGGAACGUCGAAUGGAGUUUGCGCGAAAUAAUCACUCUCCUUUUUUACGUUAUGAAAUGUGCAAUAAUUUUUUCAUCUCGGUGCAAUUAUACAGCAUAAUUCACUAAUUUCUAUGAAUGUGAUAAUUUUGUUUUCUAUGUAGAUGCGUAUGAAUAAAAUGCUAGUGAGAACUGUUUUAAAUAAAAUACGCCUUUCUAACAUAAAAGAAUUCUACGUCAUUCAUUGGAACGUUUUUAUUUAUUACGCAUCAACAAAACACUUUAACGAACAUGAUUGAAUCGUUGAUUACAUAUCUCAUGAUAUUUUAUCAUCUCCCAAUCUCGAUAAAAACCAGAUAAGAAGAUGUGACAAGAGUUUCUAUCAAUAAAACUAACUCGCCCGUAU